AUGGACCGAGGAGCUGUCGUGAACCGUGGCACCACUGCCCAGCCUCCGGAUAGAGGGCAACCCGCGGAGUCUCCAGAACCGCAGCUGCCCUGUCCGCCGCCGCUGCAGCCGCCUCCACCUACUGCUCCACCGCUGGAAACUCCGCCUCUGGCUCCUCCACUGCUCCCAAAGCCUUUGCCAGAAACUGCAGCAGAGCACUGUCCAGAGCCUGUUUUAGGACGCUGUCCAGAGGCGACCUCAAAAUCAGCCACAGAACUAGACAUAGAACCGACCCCAGAACCAGCCCCAGAGCUGGCCACACAGGCUGUGCCAGAACCAGCUCCAGUGCUGGCCCUAGAGCCGGCCGCAGAACCUGCCACACAGAGGGUCCCAGAACGUGCUACACUGCUGACUCCAGAGCCAGUCUCAGAAACUGCCUCAGAGUCCUGCCCUGAGCCGUCUCCAGAGUCCUAUCCAAAACCGAGUACUGUACCACGUCUAAUGCAAUGUCCAGUGGUUCCUCGAGAGAGAUAUCUAAAGACUUCACCAUUGCCAUCACCUGACGCAUGGUCCAGAUCAAAGAAAAUACUGAAGGAAGGACCACUAUGGAAGAACUGUCACUCCCUCAAGAGAUGGAAGCUCAGAUAUUUUAUGGUUCAAGGACAACAACUUUACGUUGCACGCCAUUCCUCGUUUGUCCACUUUGAAAUAAUUGAUCUGUCUCAGGUCGUCUUAGCAGAAACCAGCUGGCGAAAUCUUUGCCACAGUUUUUGUAUUAUCACACCACAACGAAAAGUCACCCUGGCGGCAUCCAACAGGAAAGACAUGGAAGAAUGGAUUAACAUCAUAAAAACUGUCCAACAGGGAGAAAUUUUUAAGAUACCAGUGGCAGAAAACAACCCCUUCCUUGUUGGGAUGCAUUAUUGGUAUUCCAGCUACAGUCUCCAUAAUCAGCACUGCAAUAUUUGUCGAGAAACAAUUCCUGCCUUGUCUGGAGAUGGCAUUGUCUGUGAAGUGUGUAAAGUGAGAUCUCACAGCUUAUGUGCUUUGAGGGCACGCAAAGACUGCAAAUGGAAUACCUUGUCCGUCACUGAUGACCUACUCCUGCCUGCAGAUGAAAUACAAACAAUGCCACAUCAGUGGGUAGAAGGCAACAUGCCUGAACACUCUCAGUGUGCAAUAUGUCAUGAGAGUUGUGGCAGUUAUCAAAGACUUCAAGAUUUCUGCUGCCUGUGGUGUAAUUCUACGGUUCAUAGCAACUGCCGCAGACGGUUUUCCAAGGAAUGUAUCUUUGGAAGUCACCGUUCAUCAGUUGUCCCUCCUACUGCUCUCAGUGACCCCAAAGGUGAUGGCCAGCUAGUAGUAUCUUCAGACUUCUGGAAUCUUGACUGGCCAUCUGCCUGUUCGUGCCCCUUGCUCAUCUUCGUCAACUCCAAAAGCGGCAAUUGUCAAGGGAUCAUCUUCCUCAGAAAAUUCAAGCAAUGUCUUAACCCAUCUCAAGUGUUUGACCUUUCGAAGGGUGGACCUGAAGCAGGGCUGUGUAUGUUUAAGAACUUUGCUCGCUUUCGUAUUUUGGUUUGUGGCGGAGAUGGCAGUGUGAACUGGGUCCUGUCUCGGAUUGAUGCGUUUGGAUUACAUGAAAGGUGCCAGUUGGCAGUCAUCCCACUUGGAACCGGCAAUGAUCUGGCUCGUGUCUUGGGUUGGGGUGCAUUCUGGAACAGAAACAAAUCACCACUAGACAUCCUCAGCAGAGUAGAACAGGCAAGCAUGAGAAUUCUAGACAGAUGGAGUGUGAUGAUCCGUGAGACUCCAAAACAAAUUCCAUUGCAAAAAGAACAGGUUACAAUGGACAUACCAAGAUUUGAGAGUGCUGCCAUUCAGCACUUAAAAUCUGCAACCACUGAGCUGAACAAAAUCCUGAAGUCCAAGUAUACCAUGGAAAUAAUCAUUGCAACCAGAUUCCUGUGCUCAGCAGUGGAAGAUUUCGUGGCUGAUACUGUGAAGGCCUGGAAUCAUAUAAAACAGAACAAUACAGCAGUAGAGUCUGUGAUUUUGAAAAGUGACUUACUGUAUGAUAACCUCAGUAUCUUGAUUGAUGUCCUGGAUGAACAGGCAGCAGGUACCUCAGUUAAGAAAAGUACAACACUACAUAUGGACAUUGACAAGACAGAUGGAAAUCCUUUAAAUACUCAAGUAGACCACAUAGCCAAGAGCAAGUUGGAGCUGACAACAAAGGCUCAGAAUCUCCAAAAAUCCUUGAAACUUAUCGUAUUCCAGGUUGAACAAGUUCUGGAUGAGGAAAGCAGACAGACAAUAUCAGUUAAGAACUUUACGCCAUCUUUCUUCCCGGAAGAUAAUGACUCAGAGGAUUUUAACCAGAUGAGUCCAAGACACCGUUGUCGUUGUGGCAUUUUGUCUUCUAUAUCUUCUCUCAAAAGUGAAGACCUAGAUAACCUUGACAUGGAACAUUUAUAUUUUACACCUGAAAUGAUACGCUUCAAAGAAAAGUGUGUUAUGAACAACUACUUUGGGAUUGGAUUGGAUGCUAAAAUAUCUCUGGAGUUCAACACUAGAAGAGAAGAACACCCCGAACAAUACAAUAGCCGCUUAAAGAACAAGAUAUGGUAUGGUCUUCUGGGAAGCAAGGAACUUUUGCAGCACUCUUACAACAAACUGGAAGAACGAGUGCACCUAGAGUGCGAUGGAGAAGCCAUCUCCUUACCAAACCUGCAAGGCAUUGUCGUGCUCAACAUUAACAGCUAUGCUGGUGGUGUCAACUUCUGGGGAAGCAACACAGCUACCACAGAAUAUGAGGCUCCUGCAAUAGAUGACAGGAAAUUGGAAGUGGUGGCAAUCUUUGGCACUGUGCAGAUGGCUAUGUCCCGUAUCAUCAAUUUACAUCACCAUCGUAUUGCCCAGUGCCGUGAAUUGAUGAUAACCAUUGAUGGUGAAGAAGGUAUCCCUGUGCAGGUGGAUGGGGAGGCCUGGGUUCAGAGGCCAGGUCUUAUCAAGAUUAGAUACAAAAAUGCUGCCCAGGUUCUGAUGAGAGAUCGGGACUUUGAGAACUCAAUGAAAAUGUGGAAGUGCAAACAUAAUGAAAUUCAAGCUGUGCCUCAACCCCAGUUGGAUUCCCAGGACUUUCAAGAUAGUCUCUCUGAUGAGGAGUAUGCCCAGAUGAAGCACUUAGCUCGACUUGCAGAAAACCUCAUUAGCAAACUUAAUGACCUCAGCAAGAUCCACCAGCACAUGUCUGUCCUCAUGGAUUCUGUGAAUGCUAGUGUUAACAUCUUGAACAAUAUAUUUUAUGGCCAAGACAGUGGAAAUAGGGCAGGUGCAUCUUUUUGUAUUAUCACUGAGACUCUAAGCAGAACUGAUGCAGUAGAUGUUACAUUUAGCCUUAAAGGUCUCUACAGUGACACAAAAGCUUUCCUGGAUGAAAAGUUGUUGAAAGAUGCUGAGGAUGAAGCCACACUACAAACUGCUCUGGAUGCUAUGAAUAAGGAGUUUGAAAAGCUAUCAGAGAUCAACUGGAUGAAUUCAAUCAUUUUUCCAGAGGAAAAAUCUUCAAAUGCUGACACUAGAAGCCUCGGAUUGAAAUUUAAAUUUCGCAAACUGGGAAAAAAGAAAUUACAAGAGGAAGGAAAGCCUAAAUCAGGCCACAAAUUUCACCAUUUCAUUGGUAAUUUGUGGCAUCAAAGGACUCAUGAAGCUGAAGCAAAAGAUGAUGAUUCUCCAACACAAUCAAUAUCUCAACUGUAG